AUGGCCAUCCCAAGCGAUGAAGCGCCCGACCUGGAUGCGCCACUUCUUGACCGUCCCUCCUUCCGGCGCUCGGAGCGUCAGCUUUUCAAUGCGAAUCGGAAGGGACUGCCGGCGGGCGUGGUAAGCCGCUUUGGCCGGGUGGCUGCGGAGCUCUUCUCCCCACCAGUACGCCGAGUGCAGAGUCGCGAUUCCGAGAACUCCGCCGGCCAAAGUCCCUGGAAAAACAAUCUGGAGCGCUUGGAUCGGAGGCCGAUCAGCCAGAGCUGUCAGGAGCUGCUUACAGGCUCACAACACAACGAGGAGACUGUGGGCCCCUACGCACACCUGAAGCUUACAGUCCACUGUGCGCGGCAACUGUUGGCCAUGGAUGCGAGUGGCACCUCAGAUCCGUACAUUGAGGUCUAUGUGAACGACGUGCAGCGGGCCAAGAGCAAAACGAUCAAGCGGACGCUGAAUCCCGAGUUCGCCUGGGAAGUGGAUGUUGAAAUCUGGUCUCCAUUUUCGAUCGUGUCCCUUCGCGUUGUGGACAAGGACUUCGUUACGAAGGACGAUCCGAUAGGAUUCGUCGAGUUCUGCAUCGCGGAUUUGGUGCCAAACGGUGACGAGGUACGAGGCUGGCUGGAGCUCCGGAAGAUGGAGCACUUCGAGGGCAAUGCCAAGAGACGCUUUCUAAAGCACCGGCGGCGGAGAGACGAUAGCUGUAAUGAUGAGUUGGACGAAAGUCCACUGCACGAGCAUGAUCUGCCCGAGCACGAGGGCUUUGAGGAUGAGACGGGGUUCUCCACUGCUGUUCGUCGUUUGAAUGGCCAUGGCCUUGCUCGGAGCAUGUCCAGGGCGGCAGAGACCGUCAAGUCCCAAGUAAAGACGCUGCAGACGCGUGUGGCCAACGCCCACCCCCCUCGCCCGGCGAUGUGCUGUGCGGGUUUGAAGAACGAUGACGAUGACGAAACAUCUGGAUUCUUGAAGUGGCGCAGGAAGCGGCUGAAUGCCGGUGAGAUUGAAGUAUCGCUGAAGCUGGAGACCACGAUGCAGUCAACGCCCAACCAUGAGACUCCAAAGCACGAGCUGCUGUACACGGCAGUUUUUGCCCCCGACAGGAUCGAGGAAGUGGUCACGGAUGCAGAGUGGUUUGCCUGCUGCUUUCCAAUGCCGUCCUUUCAGAGCGCGGAGCAGCUCUCCGACAAGUUCUCGCUGGGAUCCAUCAAGACCUUCUGGGAGGACUUGCUGGAAGUGCUGGAGCAGCUCUUACAGGUCUUUGUGUGGCCGAUCGUCAACAUCUUCCUUUUGAUUGUGGGCUGGUACUACUGGCCGCUCUCUUUCGGCACUUUGGCCUACUUGUGGCUUUGGUCUUUCUGGUUUGCAGACAUGAUCUGCUUUCUGCCGCUCUUUGUGCUGGUGUGCUUCCUCGUCUUGCGCGAUCACAAGUACUCCAACCGCCUAUUUGCGCAUCCGAAAGUUGCGCCUUUAAACCAAAGAGGUUUAGCCAUGGUCGCAUUUCUCCGCAGUUCAAAGGCCAUGGCGCAGUGGAUCAAGCGCCUGGUCAAAGAUCAGGGCGGCUGGAUCGACAAGCCCGCCGGCUUGAAGGAGUUCUCGAAGGGGACGCACAAGGAUGGGGAGCCGGCCCAGUCUUUUGACGAACUCUUGGAGAUGUUGCGGCACAAGAACUGCUCCCAUUUCAUCUCCUGGCACCGGCAGCCGGCGAAGUGUCGUGUCUGCGAAAGUGUGCUGGAGUUUUGGGGCGACGGUGCCGUGUGCCUGGAUGAUGUUUGGGGCCACGUCCGGUGGCGUUGCUAUGGCCUCCCAAGAAAGGCCAAGCAGAAGCCAGAUGAUGCGGAGCGGCAGUGUCAAGAAGGCUUGGAUACUGAGGGUCUGCAUCUGGGGCACCAGCGGUACCAUUGCCCGCGUUGCGAGGUCAUCGGUUCUGACUCGCGAGACAUCUGCGGAGCUUGCGUGCAUGGCAGCUCUGGCUCCACCAUAAUGAGCAUGGCCGAAACCUCGGCGGCCAAGCAGCUGCCAAUCUUCCGAACACAUGUGAUGAAGGCGAUCAAGGAGGUGAUCUACGAGUCUGGCCCUUUGCUUGAGACGUUUCAGGAGACCAUGAAGAGGGCCCUUCGUGUGCUUGAGUAUCUGCGAGACCCCACAAACGAACAGCUGGAGUUGAAGGUCUGGAAGUACUGCUUUGCAGCGAGUGCUGUGUUAUUUGUUCUCAAGUGGAUCUUGGAGAAGUACUUCGUGCCCUUGUUGCUCCUCAUCAUGAAGCUGAUGCUUCUGGUUGUUGGCACCAUGGUGAUCCUGCUGAACUCUGGUCCUCUUCGCCGAUUUGGAACUGCAGAACUGGCCAGCCGGCGGCUGUCCCGGUGUCAGAAGUGGCGCCGGCGGGGCGGCUGCCAGCGCUGGGAGUUCUUCAAGUCCGACGCUCGCGGCCAACCAGCUUUGAGAAUCCCGAUCAAGUCUUUUGACACCUUCAACGAGGAGUUUGACCAAUCCUUCGCCUUCCCCUUGAGCCCAUACGGCAAAGCCUAG